AUGUCAGCGACUACGACCCGGACUGGCUCAGGGCGCAUCGCCAUCGGGGAGGACGAUGUUUCGCAUUGCGAGUCGGCGCCGGUCACAUGGGGUGCCGAGCUGUCGAAGUCCAUGCCCGGCGCCGACUAUGACGCGGUCACGGGCAGCGACAGCGGCCUCCUGCGCUGGCUCCGUUUCCUGCGCGAUUCCGGUGUCGCGGUCCUGCGCGGCACCCCGCGCGAGCCGCUGAGCGUUCUCGCCCUGGCGGGUCUCAUCGGCCCGGCACGGGCCACCAACUUCGGCGAACAUUUCGAUGUCGCCUCGAAGCCCGAGCCCACCAGCAACGCCUACACGGCGCUCGGGCUGCUGUGCCACACCGAUCUGCCCAACUGGGAACGGCCACCCGACUAUCAAUUGUUGCAUUGCCUGGAGAACGACGCGGACGGCGGCGAUUCGAUUCUGGUGGACGGCUUCCACGCUGCCGAGACGCUGCGCUUGCGGGAGCCGGCGGCUUUCCGACUACUAAGCCAGUCCCCCAUCGAUUUUCGUUUCGAGGACAGGGAGUCGGACAUUCGCUUCCGCGCCCCCACCAUCGGCCUGGACGAGGUCGGUACGGUGACCGAGGUACGGUUCAAUUUCGCGGUGAUGGACGCGAUCGACGCCCCGGCGGGCCAGAUGGGCGCGCUUUGCCGCGCGCUCCGCGCCUUCGCCGCAGUGAUUCGCAAUCCGGCAUUGGAAUGUCGCUAUCGCCUGCGGCCGGGCGAGCUAUUGGUGUUCGACAAUCGCCGGGUGCUGCACGGGCGCGCCGCGUUCGAUCCCUCGACCGGCCGGCGGCACCUGCAGGGCUGCUAUGUGGACCGGGACCAGUUGCUGAGUCGUAUUCGCGUCUGGAGCGAUCUGCGCCGCUGCAAUUAG